AUAAAUUAAUAUAUCGGUGAUAAAGAAUCUAUGGUAGGGUUUCAACCAAGUAAAUUACAUUAGUAAUAUAAAUUACGAUAGGGGGGAGAGAAAGCAACUGAACAGACAACUUAGUAGCGUACAAGCCUCAAAACAUGACUUCCCCUUUCUUCCAGAACCCAUCAGAUUGGGAUAUGUUGCAGGAGCCUUCAGAAAUUUUGUUCGAAUCAUUGUCAAGCAAUAAUGCAGUUCUUGACCCUAUUCAAGAUUCUCUUUCCUUCGAUAUGGUUGAUUUCUCCACGGCACCAGCACAAGGAAAUCACAACCAAUUGGUGGUAAAGUGUGAAAAAGUGCAGAAUAAGGAAAAGUCAUACAUCGGUGUGAGGAAACGGCCUUGGGGGAAAUUUGCUGCAGAGAUCAGAGACACAACCAGGAAUGGCUCAAGGGUUUGGCUUGGAACCUUUGACAGUGCAGAGGCUGCUGCGUUAGCCUAUGAUCAAGCUGCAUUUUCCAUGAGAGGCCAUAAUGCCGUACUCAAUUUUCCAGUAAAAACGGUGAAAGAAUCUUUGCAAGAGAUUCAAUAUAGCUUCAGCAAUGGAUCUUCUCCCGCACUUGCACUCAAGGAAAGGAACUUCAUCCAGAGAAAACUGUCAUCAAGGGCCAGAAAAUAUAAAGGGAAAGAGACAUCAGAAGCAGCAACACCAAGUGUUGUCGUGUUAGAGGACUUGGGAGUUGACUAUCUAGAACAACUUCUAAGCAUGUCUGAUCAAAGUGCAAGCCCUACCAACUUCAAUUAAAUCUGGUUGUUCACCAUGUUUCUUCUUUCUUUCUAUGUACGGCUCCUUUGUGGGUACUAUUUGUUGUAAUAUUUCAUCUGAGAUAUCUCCACUUAGAAAAAAUCUAAUAAUAUUAAUUUCAUAGAAAGGAAACGUAG